GUUUAUAAACGAUGGCAAUAUCUCAUAAAGGAAGCAGGAAAACAUGGAAUUACAAUUUUGGGCUUUUCAAGCGAUGGUGACACUCGGUGCUUAAAAAGUAUGAAAAUUAUAUCGAAAUUGUCAUUUACUUCAUUGAACCCUUACUCUCCCUAUUUUCAGGCGAAUUACAAUUUAGAAAAUCCAGCAGUUUUUCAAGACACUAUACAUAUAUCAACGAAGCUUAAGACUCGUUUAUUAAAUGAAAAUAUUUCUAUGAAUAUGGGAGGAAAACGAGUAUCUAUUGACAAUAUCCGGUACAUAAUUGAAAACUAUCCUAGAGAUAAACACUUAUUAUGCAAGAGCUUCCUUGAAUCUUCCGACAAAAUGAACUUCAAUGCAAUAGACAAGUUAAGUUCUGAACAUGUCACAAAUAUGCUUAAGGAAGUUCCCAACGCCGAAGCUACAAGGCAAUAUUUAAUACUGACUCGCAACAUAUUGGAUGCAUUCUUGUUAAAAGAAAUUAGUGUUGAAAGACGAGUAUACCUAAUUUGGUAUUCAACUUUUUUCAUGCGUAUUUGGAAAGCCUGGCUAAAAAAAAUGGUGAAAAUAUCCAAAAGAAUUUUAUCACCACAAAUGCCUAUACAUGCAUAGAAAUAAACGCUCAUGGAAUUAUUUUAGUCAUUGAAAAACUUCGGCAAAAUGGAAUUUCAGAAGCUUUUCUUCCAUGGCUGUAUAGCAGU